CGUUUAUUCAUUCCUUUCAAAACUGUCAAAGAGUAACUCUUUUCUACUUCUGUUGCUUCUGUCACUUAUGUCGAAGUAUUGUCGAAGAGAGAUCAGUGGUCGAAGUCGACCGUUGUGACGUAACCGUAAAUUUCGGUUGGUCUCGAGUGAGUUAUUUAAACUCUUGUGAUUAUGCCGGCGAACGGGAACACGCGGUGGUGAGCGGUAAGCACCGAAUGGCCAUGUGUUCUUGAUUUCUAGCGUUAACUUUCACAAUCUUGUUCGUGUCAUCUGAGUUAGCAUGAACACGUCCGAUUUCUUCAAGAAGCUCUGCGUCGGUGUCAAUUUCAACGUGUCCAAGUUUCGACCCGAUGCAGAGAGGUUUAAGCUGGUUAAAAAAACCGAAGAUAAGAGUUCCGAACCUCGCGAUGGAUCUCCUGACUCCUCGAAGGAUCAUGCGAACGGACCUGGUGUUUCCAAAUCAGGGGUGAAGCGCAAAAAACCUGGGUUCGCCGACAUCAACGCGAACGAGACAACGUCUAACCAGGCGAACCCGACGAGAGCAUGCAAGCGACAACGAAUCAGGGCAAAGGGCACAGACGUCCCGGAGCUGCUGUCGUCCUUCGAGGAGCUGGCUCCACGUUACAAGCUGUCGCAGACGCUGUUGAGGAACAUUGCUUCGCUAGGAUACAAGGAACCAACGGCCGUGCAGCGUCAAGCCAUUCCCGCCAUGCUUGAGCGAAGAGAGCUACUCUGCUGCGCGCCAACCGGUUCCGGCAAGACAGCUGCAUUUCUUGUUCCCAUCAUCGGACAACUGCAGCGACAACAGUCUGGCAAGACCAAAGGCGACGGCCAGAGCGCGGGCGGCGGCGGCUUCCGUGCCCUGGUGCUGUCCCCGACGCGGGAGCUGGCACGCCAGACGUACCGCGAGUGCCUGCAGCUGGUGCGGGACACGGGGCUGAAAGUCUACCUGCUCAGCAAGCUGGCCUCCGCGCGCACACGCUUGGCGUCGGCUCAGCACAAGCUCGACAUCCUGGUGUGCACACCCAAUCGCUUGCUGUGUCUUAUCCGCGGUGGCAUCUUGGAGCUAAACAGGGUGGAGUGGCUGGUACUGGACGAAUCGGACAAGCUGUUCGAGGCGGCCGGCGGUGCUCGCGGUUUCCGGGAGCAGUUGGCACGCGUGUGCCAAGCAUGCAGCGGGAGUCCCCGGCUGCGCAGAGCCCUCUUCAGUGCCACGGCGACCCGCCAGGUGGAGGACUGGUGUCGGCUUCACCUCGACGCUCUGCUUACGCUCACUGUCGGCAUACGGAAUGCCGCCGCAGAUCUGGUCGACCAGGAACUCCAAUUCGUGGGCAGCGAGUCUGGGAAGCUGCCGGCGUUGCGAGCACUGGUCAAGCAGGGCCAGUUGCAGCCCCCAGUCCUAGUCUUUGUCCAAAGCAAGCAGCGGGCCAAGGAGCUCUUUGCGGAGCUGGUGUAUGACGGCAUCAACGUCGACGCCAUCCACUCGGAGCGGCCGCAGCUGCAGCGGGACCGGGUGGUCCAGGGGUUCCGGGCAGGCCACAUCUGGGUGCUCAUCUGCACCGAACUCCUGGCCAGGGGCCUCGACUUCCAAGGGGUCGGCCUGGUGCUCAACUACGACCUGCCGCCCUCCGUCGUGUCCUACGUGCAUCGCGUCGGGCGCACGGGACGGGCCGGCCACAGGGGCCGCGCCAUCACCUUCUUCACCGAAGACGACGUCUUGGAAGGACGCCUCCGAAGCAUUGUGCAGCUGCUGAGGGAAUCUGGCCAGCCGCUGCCUGACUACUUACUUGGAAGCAAGCCAAAGCGGCGGCAGAGGCAGAGUCAGCAGAGCGUAGCUCAGAGGGACCCCAUCUCGGAUGCCAGUCUGGAAAAACAGAAGAAGAGAAAACGUGCAAAACGAGCGCCGGGCAAACAGACUGCAUCUCAAUGAGCCCGCUCCCGUGAUGUACCACGCCUGCUUCAAUCAUGGCAGCAGUGCCUCGCAAGACAAGUUCUGAGUUGACCUCACUGCCAUUUGUGUUCUAAAGACUUGAUCCUCUCGUCCAUCUUGGUCAACGUGGAAGUGCUAUGGAACUAAAACAAGUGGUGAUGCUUUGGUGACUGUGUCUCCACUGUUAUGUUUGUUGCACUUUAUAAAAAAAAAGAAAAACAAGUGGCUGGA